AUGCUUAACUUCGAGAGUUUCCAUCUCGGUCAGGUCUUCAAUUCGCGGUAUCAGGUUGUUACCAAGCUUGGUUUCGGAGCUACCUCGACGAUUUGGCUAUGUCGUGAUCUAAAAGAAAACCGCUAUCUAACCCUAAAACUUCACGUCCGAACAAACCACCCAAUCCGCGAAUUGCAAAUCACAAAGCACCUGAAGGGAAUUGGGCAAAGACACUGCGGCGAGAAGUAUACACGCUUUGCUCUGGACUCGUUCCAAGUUGAAGGGCUGCAUGGAGUACACCACUGUCUUGUUUAUGAGCCUGCUGGGAUGGAUAUGACCGAGUUGCUGGAUGUCUUUGAAGGAGCCCUACCUGUGGCUGUCCACAGGACUGCUGUCCGGAAUGUUCUUGUUGCGUUGGAUCAUCUUCAUAAGUCCGGUGUUGUUCACACUGACGUCCAACCAAACAACAUCCUCCUAGGCCUCGACGACGACAACGAACCUAUCCUCGACGAACUUGCAACCGCAGAAGCCACCAACCCAACACCCUGCAAACCACUCCACAACCGCACAAUCUACACUUCCCGCCCUAUGCCUAUAACAACCGGCGAGCCCGUCGUCUGUGAUCUCGGCGAGGCACGACUAAUCCAAAACAGCCAGAAACAAAACGACCUCAUUAUGCCAACUGCUUACAGGGCACCGGAGGUAUUGUUGGAUAUGGAUUGGGAUGAGAGGGUUGAUAUAUGGGCGGUGGGGCAGACGGCAUGGAGUUUGCUCGAGAAAGGACAUCUAUUCCCAAAUCGACCCCUCGAAACAGACCUCGACCACGCUCAUCGCUUCGCGGAGAUAAUCUCCCUCCUUGGUCCACCGCCACUCGAAUUCCUCCGCCGGAGUGAUGAGAGUCUCAAGUACUGGGAUGAACACGGAAACUGGCGAGGUGCUGUCCCGGUACCCGAAAGAUCACUUGAAGAUCGAGAGUGUCAGCUCGAAGGGGAGGAUAAGAUGGUUUUUCUGAGGUUUAUACGGAAGGCCAUGUGCUGGGUGCCUGAGGAGAGGGCUGAUGCUUGGGAGCUUUUGCACAAUGAAUGGGUUAGGGGUUACUAUUAG